UUAGUAUUCCUGUGCGGGAUUGGUGUGCCUCGUGGUUUUGUCAUCCAAUUGGCUAAGGUUAGGGGUGAGCGGAGAGUGUGCGGGGAGAUUUGAAUUUGAAGCCAGUAGGCAGUAGUAGUCAGCAGGCAAUUGUCGGGGAGUGGCAGUGACUUUUCGGCCUCUAGAGUUGGUCGUCAGCAUGUCCUUUCCUAAGGCGCCCCUGAAACGAUUCAACGACCCUUCCGGCUGUGCACCAUCUCCAGGUGCUUAUGAUGUUAAAACAUCGGAAGUAUUGAAAGGACCAGUAUCCUUUCAGAAAUCACAAAGAUUUAAAAAACAAAAAGAAUCCCAACAAAAUCCUAGCGUUGACAAAGAUGCUACCUUGCCUGCUUCAGCUAGGAAAGUCAAGACUUUGGAAUCAAAGAAGGAAUCUCAAAAGAAUGGUAAAGAUUUGAAGAUACUGGAAAAAGAGAUUCGUGUUCUUGUGCAGGAACGUGCUGGUCAGGACAGGAGGAUCCAGGACCUGGAAACUGAGUUGGAGAAGGUGGAAGCAAAGCUAAAUGCUGCAGUCAGGGAAAAAACAUCGCUCUCUGCAAACAAUGCUUCACUGGAAAAACAGCUCAUUGAAUUGACAAGGACUAAUGAACUACUGAAAUCUAAGUUUUCUGAAAAUGGUAACCAAAAGAAUUUGAGAAUUCUAAGCCUGGAGUUGAUGAAACUUAAAAACAAAAGAGAAACAAAGAUGAGGAGUAUGAUAGCUAAACAAGAAGGCAUGGAGAUGAAGCUGCAGGCCACCCAGAAGAAUCUCGAAGAGUCUCAGUGGAAAAUAGCCCAACUUGAGGGGAACCUUGUUUCAAUAGAGAAAGACAAGAUUGAUGAAGAAUCUGAAACAGAAAAACUCCUAGAAUACAUCGAAGAAAUUAGCUGUAUAUCAGAUCAAGUGGAAAAAUACAAGCUCAAUAUUGCCCGGUUAGAAGAAAAUUUGAAAGAGAAGAAUCAUGAAAUUUUAAACCUUCAGCAGUCUCUUGAGGAAAAUAUUAUGUUGUCUAAACAAGUAGAAGAUCUGAAUGCUAAAUGUCAGCUGCUUGAAAAAGAAAAAGAAGACCUUGUAAACAGGAAUAGAGAACAGGAUCAAAAUCUAAAUGCCGAGAUGCAAAACUUAAAAGAGAAGCUUAUUCUUGAAAAACAAGAAUGUGAAAAACUUCAGCAAAAAGAGUCACAAACUGAGUCUCUUCUGCAACAAGAGAAGGAAUUAUCUUCUAGUCUUCAGCAGAAGCUAUGUUCUUUUCAAGAGGAAAUGAUUAAAGAGAGGAAUCUCUUUGAGGAAGAAUUAAAGCAAGCAUUGGAUGAGCUUGAUAAAUUACAGCAAAAGGAGGAACAAGCUGAAAAGCUGGUCAAGCAAUUGGAAGAAGAAACAAAAUUUAAAGCUGAAGAACUCAAACUCCUAGAAGAAAAGCUGAAAGGGAAAAAAGCUGAACUGGAGGAAAAUAAUGCUGCUAACACUCAGGCCACCCUGCUUUUGCAGAAAAAGUACAGUAGUACAGUGCAAAACCUUGGGGAUGUUACUGCUCAGUUUGAAAGCUAUAAAGCAUUAACAGCUAGUGAGAUAGAAGAUCUUAAGCUGGAGAACUCAUCACUACUUGAAAAAGUAGCCAAGGCUGAGAAAAGUGCAGAGGAUGUUCAACAUCAGAUAUUGGCAACUGAGAGCGCAAAUCAAGAAUAUGCAAGGAUGCUUCUAGAUCUGCAGACCAAGUCAGCACUUAAAGAAGCAGAAAUUAAAGAAAUCACAGUUUCUUCUCUUAAACAAAUAACUGAUUUGCAGAACCAACUUAAGCAACAAGAGGAGGACUUUAGGAAACAACUGGAAGAUGAAGAAGCAAGAAAAUCUGGACAAGAAAAUACAAUAGCGGAAUUAACUGAAGAAGUUAAUAAGUGGCGUCUGCUUUACGAAGAACUGUAUAGUAAAACAGAACCUUUUCAGCUACAGCUGGAUGCAUUUGAAGCAGAGAAACAAGCAUUGUUGAAUGAACACGGUGCAGCUCAGGAACAGCUAAACAAAAUAAGAGAUUCAUAUGCUAAAUUAUUGGGUCAUCAGAAUUUAAAGCAAAAAAUCAAGCAUGUUGUGAAGUUGAAAGAUGAAAAUAGCCAACUCAAAUCGGAGGUGUCAAAACUCCGCUCCCAGCUUGCUAAAAAGAAACAAAGUGAGACAAAACUUCAGGAGGAAUUGAAUAAAGUUCUGGGUAUCAAACGCUUUGAUCCUUCAAAGGCUUUUCAUCAUGAAAGUAAAGAAAAUUUUGUCCUCAAAACCCCAUUAAAAGAAGGCAAUACAAACUGCUACUGAGCUGUGAAGUGUCAAGAAUCAUGAAAGGAAGGAAAUACCUGAGAAACCUGAUGAAAUUAUUUCAUUCUCAUUGUUGACAUUAUUAUUUUGUAAUAGUAUUUUAUAUUAUAUUUAACUUUGACUGCCUACCCUUAGGUAGAUGAAAGAAUUCCAAGUAUUCAAUUUGUACUUCAUGAAGUUACAUUAAUAUUUCUAUUUAAGAUGUAUAAGUUGACAUAUUGAGAUUUUAAAAAUUAU